GUCGUCAGAAUCUUCUUUAUCUGGCCUAUCCGCUCAAGCUCUCUCUCUUCCUCGGGCUGUCUGCGAAGGAGGCAGACGCACCGAACCGGCACCAUGGUGGCUCUAAGACCUCUCAGAAAGCCCAAGAUUGUCAAGAAGCGGACGAAGAAGUUCAUCCGCCACCAGUCAGACCGUUAUGUCAAGAUUAAGCCAAACUGGCGCAAACCCAGAGGUAUCGACAACAGAGCCCGCAGGAGGUUCAAGGGUCAGGUCCUGAUGCCCAACAUUGGUUACGGUAGCAACAAGAAAACCAAACACAUGCUGCCCACCGGGUUCAAGAAGUUCCUUGUACACAAUAUAAAGGAACUGGAAGUUCUAAUGAUGAGCAACAAGUCAUUCUGUGCUGAAAUCGCUCACAACGUCUCCUCUAAGAACCGCAAGACCAUUGUAGAAAGAGCAGCACAGCUCGCCAUCAAGGUGACAAACCCCAACGCCAGACUGCGCAGCGAGGAGAACGAAUAAACGUCUGUAACCUUUGUUAAAUAAAAUGAAAAGUGAAU